ACUUAUUAGAUCCAGACGUGUGGAUAAUUAAGUUAGACCUCAGAUUCUUUGUCUAAGUUUGCUAAUGGGUUCGGUCACAAACUGGACAUUUGGCACAGCUGUGUUCGAAAAUACAAAUCAUAUUUUGACAUCAAGAGGCCCCGCACCAGUCCUCUGUUGCCCCAGGCCGCGCGUUUCAACACAUUAGCCUCCCAACAAUUUAGACCAUUGAUAAACAAGAGGCGUAAUUGGUACACUCUUUGAGAUUCCGUACGGACCACAAAAUGGCACCUGUGCAAUCUAAUGAUGACAAGGCUGCAAGCAGCAGUGUUGACAUGUCAAGCUUUGAUACAUUUAAGCUUGAAAACCUUCUCAUUCGAGAUGCAGAUGCAUUCCAGACUUCGCUAAGUUCAGAAGAUUACUUGGACAGCUUGGCUCCAAUCAUCACCGAUGCAUUAAAAGCAAAUGCUCUUUCUGAUUUUAUCACCACACUCAACAAUAUCGUGAAGGCCAAGGAUAGCGAAUUAAGUGAGAAGUCUCUCAAUUCAGCAAACGACAUCAACACCUGCAUCGAUAGUAUUGAUCAGGUAAGUGACCAGUCAAAUGAACUCCGGGAGAACUUGAAACACGUCAAUGACUUUUUAAACAAGAGUGUUUUCGAGCUAAUCAACAAGAAAAAGGCGCUUAUAAAAUGCAGGGAAACAUCAAACAAGAUCAACGAGACUAUCGCUGUGUUGAGCAUAUGUAUUCAGGUGUUGGAAAUCACGAACAAAAUCCAUGACUGGAUUAAGCAACACAAGUACUUCAGUGCGCUCAAACUAAUUGAAGAGCUCACCUCCAUUCAUUUGCCAAAAGUAAAAGACUUCUCUUUUUCAGUGAAGAUUUAUGACUCUGUUCCACACUUGACUGCCAUGAUCAAAGAUGAAUCCUUUGAUACGGCGUGCAAGUGGCUUUCCACACAAAUUGAGCGUAAAAUUGAGCCUAUUGGUGAUUCUGUGUUCGCAAAUCUCGCAGAGCUCAAUCUGAAUUGGGAAGCCGUGAGGGCUGACAAGAACUCUACAACCUUAUUGCCUCACCGACUCAAUUCUGCUGUCGAGCUAUCCAUGAGAGACCCAUCACUCAAUUUUAAUAUUUUCGAUGUUUCAGAACUAGCCAUUAAUUUGGCUCCCAUCUACGACUGUGUUUUGGUAUAUCAGUCCCUUGGCGAGCUCCCGAGCCUUUGUGCGGCGUAUCACAAGGAAUGGAUGAAAAAAUACCAACGAAUUAUCUAUCCCAUUACCUUGUCUCUGAAUGUUACAGAGAAACUGGCUUUUUAUCAAGAACCUACAGUCACUUUUAAUGGAAUUGGGGCCCUCGAAGCAUACCUUAAACAAAUUGCAGCGUUUUUCACCAUAGACAAGCAGCUUAACACCAAAACAAAGUUCGAACUCAGAUCUAACGAUACUGCAAACGACCUAUGGGAAUCAUUUGCUAUCAAGCUAAAGCCUGUAUUAUUACAACACUUGGAGCGCAAGAAAUGGGGUUUGAAUGAUUUGAACGAGUUAGCAGACUACAAAGAAAUACUCGGAAAUUUCUUGCAAGUUAUGGAAAACAGUCAGUACAGAGUAACUGAAAUUCACGAUGUUUUGAUGGUCAUAUUCAAGCUGUAUUUUGGUCCGAUCUUGAUCCAAGAAUUCAGGGUUGAAUUUAACGAGUCCAUGCAAUCAGAUCAUUAUAUGCCACUUGUGGUCACAGAUAAAAUUGAUUACGACAAUGUCAUGAAAAUCUGCUGGUACAAGAAAGAUUCUAACUUUGCUCCACGAAACUUUCAAUCUGUGCCUAUCUCAUUCCCAUUCAGUGAAGAUUAUGUACACUAUUGCUUGGGUAUGCGAACUCUUUUACAAGAUGUGAUUGACUUCACUUCAAAACACUACACCACUGACUUCCUUGAGCUAAAUCACAUUAUUGUUAAUGAAAUUUUUGAAAAGGUCUUGGGGGACCAACCAGGUGUGGGAAUUUGCAAUGAUAUUGAAGAAUUCAUUGAAAAAAAUCUGAACAACAAAGAGAUUGUUGCGCAAACUUACACGAACUUGGAGUAUUACUUGUUCAGUUUGUAUGAAAUGGGGAAAGUUAUCGACAGAAGAUUGAGAACUCACAACGGAAUUGGAAUUAUCAAUAUAGAUACCAACUCUACUUUUAAGUUGAAAGCCAUAGAGCUAUUCGCGAAAGUCCGGAAGUUUUCCGAGAAUGCUAUUUUUAAGAUGGUGGAUCAAAAAGUUAGCGAGUUGCUUGACAUGGUUGAGUAUGAUGAUUGGUUUCCGGUGGAAAAAAAUACUGAUCCCAAUUUCUUUAUUCUUGACUUUUCACUUUUUUUGGAAAACUUAUUCAACUCCAUUUUCUCGAACUUGCCUACAUCGUUCAGAACGUUAGGUCUUUUCAGAAGUUAUGAUUUCAUUUCGGAAUAUUUCCUAAAUUUGCUCAAUAAUGCCCACCUGUUUAACCGGACGGCGAUUUUGAACUUCGAUUUGGAUGUCAACCACCUCGAAAAGUCUAUGGCGAAACUAGUUAGCAAUCAGAGACCCAGUGGAGAGGAAGGAGGUUCCGUCGCUUUGCAGUCUACAUUUGCAGAGCUCAGACAAAGCAUCGAUGUGUUGUUGCUAGAGGAUCAUGAAGAGUACAUGAAAAAUCCGACAUUCCGAAUGCGUCGGUUUGAUCGACUCAAGUAUGAAUCCGCAGUCAAAUUGAUCAAAAAGUUGAAGGGACCCGAGGAAAAUGAUUCUAUUUACAGUGGUGUGGAUAGCCGCAGUGGAGGUCUUACACGGGAUGCUUCAAUACUCAGUGGAGCAACUUUUGCCAAAUGGGGAAAGUUUGGAAAAGGCGAAAAUUAGCUUUUCCAGAAUUUGAGGCUGGAAAGCCAUCCCCUCUUCAUGGGAACCAUGUCUUUUCUAGCAUCUUCAAUAGCUUCUUGCAUUUCUGUUUCCAAAAUCUGCGACUUCUUCAAGAGCUCUGCUUCCACAUGCUCGUACUCAAGUGCUGACCAAAGUGCCUGGAGGGCCAUAUAUGUUGCCGACGCCAACAAAAAUGUGUGGAGAAGCGGGUUCUUGAACUCGCUUAGCUUUGGUUUCGUUGGUGCCGGGUGAUUUCCAUCGAAAUUCUCGCUAAACU